AUGGUCCCGCCCGCCGCCGCCAGCGGGCCCUCGGCCUCCUCUUCAACAGCCAUGCUGGGGCCUCCCCACGGGGAGGAGGACGCCAAGCGCCGCUGCCGGCCCGCGAGCUCCGCCGGCGUCUUCGAGCGCGUCAUCUCCAUGGGCGUGCAGUGCUGCGUGACGGCCGCCGUUCUCUUCGCCUUCGGCGCGUUCCUCGUCAUGAUGCCUCUCGUCCUCGCCACGCGCGACCUCCGCCGGCACGGCAGGCGGUACCUCGCCUUGUCGCCCGACGACCACCCGCCGCCGCGGCCGCGCAACGUCAGCCUCGCGUCCGAACAAAUCAGCCGCCUCCCCAGCUUCCAGUCGUCCCCGUACGACCGAACCUCGACCUGCGUCGUGUGCCUCGAAGCGUCGCGCGGCGGCGAGCGGUGGCGCGCGCUGCCCCCAUGCGGCCACGCGUUCCACUCCUCCUGCGUCGACCCGUGGCUCCUCCUGUCGCCCCUGUGCCCUGUCUGUCGCGCUACCGUUGCCGUUCCUCCGAGAAGCGAAUCCCAGGCGGCAGACGGCAUCGAGACGCCGCCUCCGCCCCUCUACCUCAGCCGCAGUCCACCUCAUGGUGGGCUGGGUCCCAGCGCCAUCUUGGUUUGGUUUUCCGGUCCCUUCAUGUGUUGGACAAGAGGCCUUCCCGCCUGCCUUGCUGUGUUCGUCUUCGUCCUAGUUGCUGUAGGUUUCGUGUGGAUCGUCCUGCUCCUGUAA